CUGAAAGAGAGACACAGAGAGAGAGAGAGAGAGAGUCAGAGAGCUGUGUAACCCUGCCCACUUUCCACAAAACCAUUGAACUCCGGCAGAGUGAGCUGUGCUCUGUGAGGCUUCUCCAGAGCUCUGCACCUCUGCUGCUCAAACUGCUCUCUCUCAACUCAACAGCAGGAUCCGACAGCAAAGGGGCACUUCUAUCAGCAGCGCCGGCAAUCAGCACCACCACCACCAGCAGCAGGACCACGUGGGACUACUGGCAUCGGUGCCAACUCCUCAAGGCUCAGCCUUCAACCUGAUCUUCCAGAGAGGAAAAACCCCACAGCGCUCAGACCAGACCUGACCCAUGAACCACUCCUUUCGCUGGACCAGCCGGCCACUGGGAACUGUCUUCUGAUGAGCUUCGACCACUUCCGAACCAUGACUUCUCAGACAUAGAAAUAAGGAUUAUCCUCUUUUUUUGAAUUUCUUCUUUUUGCUCUUCUUGUGUCAGUAUUCCUUCAAGAAUCAAUCGAACUCUUUUCGCGAAGCCGCAUCGCUGCCGCUGCCCUCUACGUCAAGCAGCAGUGUUGAAGGAGAGACCUAGUCGAGGUUGUCCCAUCGCCCUACUCAUCCACUCACCCACUCCCUCCCAUCCGCAGGAUGUCCGCUCUCACACUGAUGACUGGGAUGUUGUUGCUUCUCUGUGGGAUCCUGUCCUGCCGCUGCACCCCGACCCUGGGCGGGACUGAGACGGCAGAACAGGGCGUCUUGCCCCAGCAGAAGCAGCACCAGUUCCACGACUCCCAGCAGGCAGCAGACGUAGCAACAGGGGCAGGAGCAGGGACCGGGGGCGGCGCCGCAGAGGACGAGGCAGGUGAGUCCACCUGUCCGUCGUGCGCGCUGGCCCAGUUGCAUGCAGAGGAGCCACCGCAGCAGCAGCAGGCGGACAUGGUGGAGGCGGUCAAGAGGCACAUCCUUAACAUGCUGCACCUGAGCGCGCGGCCCAACAUCACCCGGCCCGUACCGCGCGCCGCACUCCUCAACGCCAUCCGAAAGCUGCACGUGGGUCGCGUGGGCGAGGACGGCUCUGUGGAGAUGGAGGAGGACGCCGCCGGCCUUGGGCACCAGCAGGGAGACGACGAGCAGCCAGCCGAGAUAAUCACCUUUGCCGAGCCUGGAGACAGCCCUGAUGUGGUGCAGUUCGACAUUUCCAAGGAGGCCACCUCGCAGUCUGUGGUGGAGCAGGCCAACAUGUGGCUGUUCCUGAAGCUGGCUAAGGGCACCCGGGGCAAAGGCAAAGUCAACGUCCAGCUCUGGCAGCAGCUGCCCAGCGCGGAUGGGGAGCUCCACGAGGAGCUGGUGUCCGAGAAGGCUGUGGACACACGACGCAGUGGUUGGCACACGCUCCCCGUGCCACGCAGCGUCCAGGCCCUGUUGGAGGGCGACAACAGCGUCAUGCGCCUGCGGGUGUCCUGCCCGCUGUGCGCUGACGCCGGGGCCACCCCGAUCCUGGCAACGGCGGCGGGAGAUAGGGCACGUGAGCAGUCCCACCGGCCCUUCCUCAUGGUGGUGCUGCGGCCCGGCGAAGAGCACCCGCACCGGCGCAGCAAGCGCGGCCUCGAGUGUGAUGGCAAGAUCCGCGUGUGCUGCAAGAAGCAGUUCUACGUCAACUUCAAGGACAUCGGCUGGAGUGACUGGAUCAUCGCACCACCCGGUUACCACGCCAACUACUGCGAGGGUGACUGCCCCAGCAAUGUGGCCAGCAUCACGGGCUCCUCACUGUCCUUCCACUCCACGGUCAUCAACCACUACCGCAUACGCGGCUACAGCCCCUUCACAAACAUCAAGUCCUGCUGUGUGCCCACACGCCUGCGGGCUAUGUCCAUGCUCUACUACAAUGAGGAGCAGAAGGUCAUCAAGAAGGACAUCCAGAACAUGAUCGUAGAGGAGUGUGGAUGCUCGUAAAGGUGUGCGUAAAAAUGACACCGCAUAAACUUGAUUCUGUAAGAGACAGUUUAUCCAUGUUUGUCCAGAUGCACAGGGAGAGUGGACACGCCAUGCUGACAUUUGACCGUACACAUGCAACUAUUCUGUUGAACUUUGGUCAACUGAAUUUGAUUUUUGUCUUUGGAUUAUUCCAAUGGGAACUCUUCGACGGAGUGAUCUCUGUGGCACUUUCAGAUUAAGGAAAAUAAGAGAAAUAUAUAAUAUAUUUUUGUUAUGAAAAGGGGAGCAAGAAUGAGAGGGAAUAUGUGCAUGGCCAAGGCAGAGGUGUCAUUCUUGUCACUUUGCACUGCAAUAAAAAAAGACUGCUGGCACGAAUGACCUUUGAACUAAACUGAACUAUGCAACUUGUCAAGUAUUAUUAUGUGUUCAUUUCUGUGUUUUGUGUAUUUUGGGGUGGGUGGGGUU